AUACCUCCAGCCUCCCGAGAGGACAGACAUGGUCCUGGUGUUCACUGAGGCAAUGACAGACUCCAGCACCUUUGACAAGGAGGCGGCCAGAAACAUGCUGGACGUGGUCAAGGGAAACUGCGAUUUCUGGCUGGUGGAUGUGCCAAAGAUCACGAGCUGCAUCCACAAAACCCUGGGGUGCAUCAACACGGCACCAGCCCGACAGAGCGUGGAGUCUCUAAUUGUCUGGAUGGCUGACAAAUGCCCUGGGGAGGUGGUGUCAACGCUGCUGACAAUCGCACCACCAGGAGACAGCACUGCCCUGGCACUGUGGGAGGUGAUGUUCUCCGUGCCCCAGACCCUGCAAAGCGUUUUGAAGGAGCUGCUCAUCCAACUCCAGGACCCAAAGAGCAGGCUCUUCUGCACGUACCUGGAGGACCACUGCCUCGUUAGCUUGGCUAUGCUGGCCGGCAGUGAUCUGGGAGAUCGGGAGUUUGCUCUGCUCUACAUGGCCUUCAGGUUUCUGAAGGAAGAAAGUCCGGCCAUGCUCUCCCUGGUGCUCACGGGCAUCAUGACGCUGUCACAGACAGACGAGAUGGCAAGGAAAAUGAAGGUCAUGCUGCCAGACCUGAUGUGGGUCCUGCAGUGCGGCAACAAGGCCAUCAAGAUCAAGGCUCUGGCCAUCUUCAGAACCGUGAUGGCUCAGCUGCAGAGGGAGGAGGCCAGCCCCAUCGCCGUGACGCUGGCAGGAUUUCUCCUGCCCCUCUUUGAUGACGUAAGCCUGAUGUAUAAGGCUGAUGUAUAAGGCUGAUGUAUA